AUGCGGUUACCUCAAAAGUCCGCCGAUGCGGCCAUCCUUUCCGCAUUACUUUUUCCUUUACUAUCGGCUGCCGUUGGAAACUUGGACUGCAGCCAUAUACGAGUCGAUAAAAUAUCCUUCGACCUCAGCUCGCUGGGUGGUCCUCAUUCUGUGAAACAUACAUUUGAUCUGGGAGAUACGAAAGAGCGGAACGCGACAUACACAAUUGAUUUAUGUCAGCCGCUGAAGAAGAAGAAGCACAGCGGUGAUACUGAGGGCACCGAUUGUCCGAACAGUUCGAGAAUUUGCGCGGUUGACAAUCUUGUCAACAAGAAUGACAAUACACAUAUGGUGGAGCAGGUAUAUCCUAUAGCGGGCGAGCUUAGUGAAAGAGGAGGCGCAAAUCUGGAUGCGAAAUGGUCUCGACUGAAGGCUUCGACCGGGCAUGAAGAUUCGAAAAAGGAAGGAUUAUCGCUGGAGUUGAAGGGAGGGUUUAAACAGACAGAUGCUGGGAAGAAGCAACCUCAGAUGGCUAUUAUCGAGUUCUUAUGCGACAGAUCAAAUUCGGGCCUAGAGAAUAUGCCAGAUGAGAAGGAUGAUUAUGAGCGAAAGGCGAAAAGAGAAGACGAGAAGGAAGCCCCAAAAGAUGAUUCAACUCCUAGCUUGACUUUCGUGAGUUAUGGGGAAUCCGAGGCGAUCAAGGGGACCGAUUUGCUGCGUUUGACCUGGAAAACCAAGGUCGCAUGUGAGGAUGCUAAAGAGAAGCAAGAUGCUGAGAAAAGUAAACACUGGGGAUUCUUCACAUGGUUUAUUUUGAUUGCCUUUUUAUCGACCGCCGCAUAUUUGAUAUUUGGUUCCUGGCUUAACUACAACCGUUAUGGUGCCCGUGGAUGGGAUCUUCUUCCCCAUGGCGACACGAUUCGCGAUGUACCCUACCUUGUUAAAGAUGCUAUGCGAAGGGUUGUCAGUACAGUGCAAGGUGGCGGAAGUAGAGGGGGCUAUGCGGCUGUAUGA